AAUUAUGACUGAGUUUAUUUUUUGACUUUUUUUUUUUGAUUUUUCGCAUUUACAUCUUCCUCUCAACUACUCCUAGUCGAUGUAUUUACGAUGAUUUUUUUGGCGCUUAUGCACAUGAAUAGAUCUGCCAGUACGUUCAGUAGCCAGUUGAGCGUCGUGCAAGCCGUUUUCGAUUUCAGCAAAAGCGCUGUUUGUUUUUGGAUAUAGCAAAACGGGAAUACAACGGCUUCCAGCAGCAGAGUAAUAGCCACUGCCUAAAAUAAAUUUAGCGUGUGACAUAAAUUACUACAAAUACAAAGUCGAAAAAAAGCUUGUAAAAAUACACAAAUUAUCUUCAAUGUCCAACAGCAUUAGACAUAACAUUAGUAGCAACAAUAGUUAUUACAGCCGCAGCGACCGUGUCAUCAGUAAUCGCAUGAGUAGAGUAACUGCUGCGCAUGCGCAACCUGAUCUCCGCAUUAGACGCGUUUCACUACUCUCAAUCAUAUCAAAGCUGCUGCUGCAAUGCAUUUUAAUGGUAAUUGUAAUAACUUGCGCAGCUACGAGACUCGGCGCACAUGCACAAGGUCAAAUUACAGUGGAUGAUGACUUUCAACGAUUGUUGGGCAGGUGCAAAAUGGGCAGCACCGAAUUUGAUGAUUGCAUGAAGGAGGUAUUCAAUGAUUUGCGCGCCUAUUUUCCGACUGGUGUUCCCGCCUACCACAUUAAACCUUUCGAUCCUCAUCGUUCACCUUUCGUGGAGUUGCGACGCGGCGAUCAAAGCGGCUUCGGUGGUUUUAAACUAAUUUUGCGCAACAUUUCCGAAUACGGCUGGGCGCAAUCGGAGGUUACUAAAUAUCGCACAGACUAUGCGAAUAAGCGCAUCAUCUAUGCCCAAUAUUUUCCAGAAAAAAGUUUAGAAGGUUGGUAUGAGUUUUCUGGUAAAAUACUGGGCACACAAGUGAAGCGAAGCGGCUUUUGGAAUAUGACACUAUACGAUUACAGUCAGACGACUAGCGUGCGACGGCUUGGUGCACCCGGUGCGUUGUUGAAAGUACGUGUGGAAAUCGAUCGGAUCGGUGGCUUAAAAAUGCAUGUCGCCAAUGCGUUAGCACAGGGACGGGAGCGUUUGGAUAAUUUUGCUGAUGGUGUCAUAAAUAGCAUGUGGCCUAUUGGCUUCCCCGUUAUUAAGCCUAUUAUAAAUGAAUUGGUCAGUAGUGCAUUUACCGACAUAUUCAAUGAAUCAUUUCGCAAGUUUCCUAUAGCGAAAUUUUUAAGUUGAUGUCACGUGUGUUUGUGUGCCUAAAAUAUUUGUUAUCAGAAUUGUUGUUACAUAUUGUAUUAUACGAUCUAUUGUUUCGUUGGCUUACUUUUAGUGUGCUAGUUGAUU